AUGUGCCUGAUAAAGUGGCUCCCAACACACACUCAGGGCAGGAGGAGGAGGGAAGGAGAGCGACCUGCCCUUGUGCAACCGCUGCCUCACCGGGAGCGUCCAUCCCCACCGCUGCCUCACCGGGAGCGUCCAUCCCCACCGCUGCCUCACCGGGAGCGUCCAUCCCCACCGCUGCCUCACCGGGAGCGUCCAUCCCCACCGCUGCCUGACCAGCAGCGUCCAUCCCCACCGCUGCCUCACCGGGAGCGUCCAUCCACACCGCUGCCUGACCGGGAGCGUCCAUCCCCACCGCUGCCUCACCGGGAGCGUCCAUCCCCACCGCUGCCUGACCAGCAGCGUCCAUCCCCACCGCUGCCUCACCGGGAGCGUCCAUCCCCACCGCUGCCUCACCGGGAGCGUCCAUCCACACCGCUGCCUCACCGGGAGCGUCCAUCCCCACCGCUGUCUCACCGGGAGCGUCCAUCCCCACCGCUGCCUCACCGGGAGUGUCCAUCCCCACCGCUGCCUCACCGGGAGCGUCCAUCCCCACCGCUGCCUCACCGGGAGCGUCCAUCCCCACCGCUGCCUCACCGGGAGCGUCCAUCCCCACCGCUGCCUCACCGGGAGCGUCCAUCCACACCGCUGCCUGACCAGCAGCGUCCAUCCCCACCGCUGCCUCACCGGGAGCGUCCAUCCCCACCGCUGCCUCACCGGGAGCGUCCAUCCCCACCGCUGCCUCACCGGGAGUGUGUCCAUCCCCACCGCUGCCUCACCGGGAGUGUCCAUCCCCACCACUGCCUGACCGGGAGUGUCCAUCCCCACCGCUACCGCCAGGGCACCCUUGCGGCUCGCCCUGCCGCUUGA